GGUGGCCAUUUACGGUCAUGAGUCAAAUCACGGGACCUUCCAGCCAAACGUAACUAUUUUCCGACGCAGCAAUAUUGUACUUGGAUGACAGUAUGGCUGGAGAAACGAUCGCACCUGACUGGGAGUUUGAUCGUUUUGACGAUGGGUCACAGAAAAUCCACACUGAGGUCCAGCUCAAGAACUAUGCGAAGUUCCUCGAGGAAUACACAUCCCAGCUGAAAGGCAUAGAGGAUGCCCUGGAUGAGUCCAUAGGAGAUGUUUGGGAUUUCACCCUGGACCCUAUUGCACUUAAGCUCGUUCCACGUGAACAGUCGUCCCUACUGGAGUUAAUUAAAACAGACAACAAGGUUCUGAACAAGGUCAUCACAGUAUAUGCUGCUCUCUGCAGUGAAGUGAAGAAGCUUAAGUAUGAGGCAGAAACCAAGUUUUACAAUGGUCUGUUGUACUAUGGGGAAGGAGUGUCGGACACCAGUGUUGUUGAAGGAGAAUCCCAGAUUCAGAUGGGUAGAUUCAUAUCAUUUCUACAGGAAUUGUCCUGUUUCGUGUCCAGAUGUUUUGAGGUGGUCGUCAACAUUGUGCAUCAGCUGGCAGCCCUUUACAAUAACAACAAAGGUUCAGCGAAAAUCAUUGAAUCAUCGGGGGUCCAUUUCCAGACCGUGUAUGAGCACCUCGGAGAGCUACUGGUGGUACUGCUGACCCUGGACGAGAUCAUGGAAAACCAUGGUACACUUAAGGAGCACUGGCAGAUGUACAAAAGGUUGCUUAAGUCAGUGCACCAUAACCCGGGUAAAUUCUCCAUCCGGGAAGAGAAGCUGAAACCUUUUGAGAAGCUCCUUCUGAAGCUGGAAGGACAGCUGCUUGAUGGAAUGAUACUGCAGGCUUGUGUGGAGCAGAGGUUCGAUGACCCUGCUGAAGGAGUGUCUGUGGCCAAAAACAGUGCAUUCGCCGAAGAGUUUGCCUUCAACAUACGCACAAUAUUCACUAAUGUGGAGUCCAAGAUCGGUGAGCCUUCGGAAAUAGACCAAAGGGAUAAGUACGCCGGGGUCUGCAGUCUCUUCGUGCUUCACUUUUACAUCUUCAGGACCGUUGACAAGAAGCUUUACAAAUCUCUCCUGGAUGUCUGUAAAAAGGUUCCCGCUGUGACCCUGACUGCUAACAUCCUCUGGUUCCCCGACAAUUUCCUCAGUACCAAGGUGCAGGCGGCGGCCAAGAUGCUGGACAAGAAGAGCCUGCAGGCCAUCAAGGCACAGAGGGACACGUACCUACUGCACAAGUCCCAGGCGCUCACAAAGGACGUGCAGUCAUACUAUGUAUUUGUGACCUCCUGGAUGAUGAAGAUGGAGGCCAUCCUGUCGAGGGGGCAUCGAAGUGAGAAGUUGGCAGAGGACUUAAACGGCAGAUGUAAUAUCUUCCUACAGGGAAUCCUUUAUGCCUAUAGCAUCAGUACCAUCAUCAAGACUACCAUGAACAUGUACAUGUCCAUGCAGCGGCCCAUGACCAAGACCUCUGUGAAGGCCCUCUGUCGACUGGUCGAGUUGCUCAAGGCUGUGGAGCACACCUUUCACCGGCGCUCAAUGGUGGUGGCGGACUCUGUCUCCCACAUAACCCAGCAGCUUCAGUCACAGGCCCUGAACGCCAUCGGUACCGCCAAGAGGAGAGUGAUCUCUGACAAGAAGUACAGCGAGCAGCGGCUGGACGUCCUGUCGUCACUGGUGCUGGCGGAGAACGCCCUCAACGGGCCCAGCACCCGGGAGCGCCGCCUGGCCAUCUCCCUGGCCCUGAGCGUGGGCACCCAGAUGAAAACCUUCAAGGACGAGGAGCUGCUGCCCUUACAGCUGGUGCUGAAGAAGCUGGAUCUGAUGAGCGAGCUGAAGGAGAGGGUCAGGCUCCAGUGUGACUGCAGCUUCCUGUACUGGCACAGGGCUGUGUUUCCCAUCUACCUCGACGACGUGUACGACAACGCAGUGGAUUCAGCACGGCUACACUACAUGUUCACGGCCCUGAGGGACUGCGUGCCGUGCAUGUUGCACGCCAAGCACGUGGAGUCAUGUGACCAGCUGCUGGAGUGCUACCACGAGGAGAUCAUGGACGUGUUCCACGAGCACCUGUUGGACAAGCUGUGCAAGGACAUCGAGAAGGACCUGCGUCUCUCGGUCCACACCCACCUGAAGCUGGAUGACAGGAACCCCUUCAAGGUGGGCCUGAAGGACCUGGCCCACUUCUUCUCCCUCAAGCCCGUCCGCUUCUUCAACCGCUUCGUGGACAUCAAAGCCUAUGUGACCCACUACCUGGACCAGACCUUCUACAACCUGACCACGGUGGCGCUGCACGACUGGGCCACCUACAGCGAGAUGAGGAACCUGGCGUCCCAGCGCUACGGCCUCAGCAUGACCGAGGCCCACCUGCCCAGCCAGACCCUGGAACAGGGACUGGAUGUGUUGGAGAUCAUGAGGAACAUCCAUGUGUUUGUCUCCCGCUACCUCUACAACCUCAACAACCAGAUCUUUAUUGAGAAGGCCAGUAACAAUAAGCACUUGAACACCAUUAACAUCCGCCACAUCGCCAACUCCAUCCGUACCCACGGCACCGGCAUCAUGAACACCACGGUGAACUUCACCUACCAGUUCCUCCGCAAGAAGUUCUACAUCUUCAGCCAGUUCAUGUACGACGAGCACAUCAAGUCCAGGCUGAUCAAGGACAUCCGCUUCUACAGGGAGACCAAGGACGAGUCCGACCAGAAGUACCCUUUUGAUCGAGCUGAGAAGUUCAACCGCGGCAUCCGAAAGCUGGGCAUCACCCCCGAUGGCCAGAGCUACCUGGACCAGUUCAGACAGCUCAUCAGCCAGAUAGGUAACGCCAUGGGCUACGUGCGUAUGAUACGCUCUGGAGGACUUCACUGCUGCAGCAGUGCUAUCAGGUUUGUCCCAGAUCUGGAGGACAUUGUCAACUUUGAGGAGAUGGUGAAAGAAGAGGGGCUGUCAGAGGAGACCCAGAAAGCUGCCAGUGUUCUGGAUGCCGUCCUGGGGGACCUCACCAGUAACUCUGCCGAGGGAACCGAGUACUUCAAGAAGCUAGUGGGAGUGUUUGCACCCGAGUUCCGGAGCGCCAAGAACAUGCACCUGCGGAACUUCUACAUGAUCGUUCCACCACUGGCGGUGAACUUUGUGGAGCACUCCAUCGGCUGUAAGGAGAAGCUCAACAAGAAGAACAAGAGCGGGGCGGCCUUUACGGACGACGGCUUCGCCAUGGGCGUGGCCUACAUCCUGAAGCUUCUGGACCAGUACCUGGAGUUUGACUCCCUGCACUGGUUCCAAGCCGUCCGAGACAAGUACAUAAAGGAGAUGAACGCAGUGGUAAAGGAGCAGAGCGUUCAGGCCACCAGCCAGGACGAGAAGCUCCUGCAGACCAUGAACCUCACCCAGAAGAGACUGGAAAUCUACCUCCAGGAGUUUGAGCUCCUGCACUUCUCCUUGAGCAGCGCCAGGAUCUUCUUCAGAGCCGACAAGACGGCGGCUGAGGAGAUCCAGGAGAAGAGAGAUAGAGAAUCGAACAAAGCAGAUGGAUCGUCGGUAGGCCCCAACCCUACAGAAGCGGCCGCAAAGUGACCUUCAACGGGAGAGAGUACUGUAGCGUUAGACGGCGUGUCAUGUCAGCGAUGUCAGAUUCGCCAUUUUUGGACGGACCCAUCUGGACGUCAAUGCAGCCUUUGCUUUUAUUUUAUUUUUACUCUAUUUACUCUAUUGCAUUCAGUUAUAUCACAAGUGAGAUUGUACCAUUGGAUGGCAAAAAAUGAAAACAUCUUUCUUCUAGAUUGUGACUUUAGCCUUCAGAGUAGACUGUUUACACAAUACUAACAUUCCUGUAGCCAUUGACAAUAAUGUUAUUUUUUCAUAGUGCAACUCGUGGCUAAAAUUUAACUUUCCAAUUAUUUGUUAUUAAUGUCAUUGCUUUGAUUGUAUGUAUUGUUCUUUGCACAGAUUUCUAAUGUUGGCGGUUUGUAAUUGUUUUUUUCUCCUGUAUUAUCUACGCUUUCGCCCAUCCAUGCUUAGAUCUGGUCAUUCCGAUUUCAUAAUUGUAUGGUAGCCUGUCUUAAAGCAAUGCCUUUUGGAUGAAUUAGAAUCCAUUUGUCUGACAUUUUGAAUGUUCUUAAAUUGCACAUUGAACUUGUGUUGGUGCCGUAUUUGUUUGCGCCAUUUUGGAGAUUUUGAGUUUAUUCGUUGACAUUCAUUCAUGAUUGCUUGGAGUAGAUGGUUGCUUGUUCAGUAAGCAGGAGAUAUCUAUAGCACAGAUGCUCCAUCAAUACUCUCCCUUAACUGUCAUUUUUAUAAAUGUUUCCUGAAAUAUUACGCAUAAUAUGCAGCCUAAAACAGCACCAGAUUAGAAAUGAUUUGAAAUGGGACUCGCCAUGUUGAAAUGAAGGAAUUGUCUAGUGUCUAGACAAUCUCCUUAAUGACCUGUAUCUAUAUUCACUGAUCUGAUUUAGGAUGAGUAGAAAUAACCAUUUUUGUAAAUAUUUACAGGAUGACUUGACGUGUGUUGAUUCCAAACCUGACCCCUGUUGAACUGAAAAUAAAUAGUCAGUUGAUGGUAUUUUAUACACGAUUAAGUGUAAUUAUUUUUCCCAUUUCUGAAAAGGUUCAUUCAAAUGGCCUAUUUGAUGAGCGGAGAAUGGUUAUUGUCCGUUGCAAAACAAGAAAAGACAAAGUUGUUCAGGAAAGCCUUUUCUGCUUUAAUACAAAUAAAAGCUUAACUUCAGAAAAUA